ACAGCAUCGUAGGUAAGCAACAGCAAAAAUCCAUCCAUCGACCAUGUCUGGGUGGUGGGAGGACGAGCCCAACGGCUCCAAGGCGGUGAGCCUGCUGCUGCGCCUGUCCGCGCUCAUCCUGGCCCUCGCGUCGGCGGUCAUGAUGGCCACGGCCGACGACUGCGCCAUCGCCGGCGCAACGCCGCCCACGGCCGUCACCUACCGGGACUACGGCGCCUUCGUAUACCUGGUGUGGGCCAACGUCGCCGCGGCCGUGCUGCAGGCCGCGGCCGUCUACCUGCAGCUCAGCGGCGCCGGCGGCGACGACGAUGACGACGGGGGCAGCCAGGUCCCCGGGGUCGUGCUGGUCGUCGUCGACGUGCUGGCGCAGGCGCUGCUCUACUCGUCGACGGGCGCCGCGUACGGGUGUGGGAAGGUCGGCGUCGACGUCUGCGUGGCGUUCGGCGAGCAGGUGGGGCGGUCCAAGCUGCUGUCCUUUGGCGCCAGCGUCUCCCUCGGCCUCGCCGCCGUCGUCAAGGACGUCUCGCUGCCGUUCAAUGUCUGGCCCGGCUCAUCGGACUGAGCUGCCGGACGGCCAGCCCAGAGAACCGUGUGCCGUGUUAGUGUGUAUGCGUGCAUGGUACAGUACAGAGUAUACGGCAACUGUAAGCAUCGUGUACUGGUUGGCUAUUGAUCACGCGACUUA